AUGGACAUGUUUGCCUACAGUGGCCAGAGCUACAGUGUCAAAUUUAGGAGAUCUGCCACAUAUCAACUAAAGCUGGCAGCAAAGAACCCGGUGAGCUUCAAAUCUUUAGAACUGGUGCUCAAAGCUGAACCCAUGAACCCCUUGGCUAACCCUGAGUUGCUGGGACUCUCUGGAGUUGUGGAAGUCAAUGUUCUCCAGACUGCGAUAUUCAAGGUGGAGGUGGACACUGCCAUGGAAGUUACUGUGAGGUGGAACUUUGGUGACAGCAGCCCAGUGGUCGAGAACUUGCUGGCUCCUCCUUAUAGUGCUGAGCUACCACGUCCAGAUCCACAGACAGAACGAGUUGAAGUGUCAGCCAGAGUGACACAUGUAUUCCUUCAGCCAGGUGACUACACUGUCAGAGCUGAAGCCUUCAACAAAUAUGAGCGAAUCCACCAGCUGGCCAGAGUCCAUGCUGUCAUGCCUGUAACCAUGGUGACGAUACUGACCAAUCCAACCUCCCCUGUGGUUAACGAGGCUACUCUGUUUGAGGCCUUGGUUUCUCCUUCCCUCUAUGGCAUCUUAUAUUCCUGGGACUUUGGUGAUGGGUCACCUGUCCAGGAGGCACCAAAUUCUACUGUUGGGGAGCAGACCCUGCUCGAAGCUAUUGUAACAGGGUCAGGGAAAGGGAUUAUGUUCUGCUGGGAUUUCCAAGAUGGCAGCCCUCCUUCUGUUCGCCAUGGAGAUCCCACAGUCCUUCACAGCUACAUGGCAGCUGGGAAUUACCAGUUGAAUUUGACUAUCUAUGGCACAGUGAGCAGUGCCUCCCAUCAGCGAGCCAUUUGCGUAGAGGACAAAAUCAGCUCAGUUAAGCUAUUGGCUCCCAUGUCUGCUGUAGCUUUAGGGGAACCACUUUCCUUCGUGGCUGAAGUGGGUCCAGUCCCAGAUCCUCAGCACCGGUACAUGUACCAUUGGGAUUUCGGUGUUGGUGAAGACCCAGUGGCUUCUAAAGCUCCAGAAAUCACUUUUGUAUAUUUGGAAGCUGGGAUGUAUACAGUAACAGUGACUGUGUGGAACAUGGUCAGCCUGCAAAAUGCCUCUGUGACAGUCACAGCUGAGCGGGCAAUUAAAGCCAUUUCCAUUCACCACAGUGGUGAAACAGGCAUCUUCCUAGCUAUGGGCAUUCCCUACCACUUUGUGGCUGAAGUCAGCUGGGACACUAAUGCCACAUUUAGGUGGGAUUUUGGAGAUACUUCCCCUCAUCAGGUGGGUCAAAGGGCUUCCCACACCUAUCAAAAAGCUGGAGAUGUUACCAUCAUAGUUGUGGGUGAAAAUCUGGUUAGUCAUAGGACAGCUACACUCACCAUGAUGGUGAUGACUCCAGUUCAACUAUUGACUCUUCAUGCUGAGCAGCCAGUGGGUGAGACUGGACAGGAAGUCACCUUCAGGGCUUCUUUAGCUGCAGGAGAUCAUGUUCGCUACCGCUGGGCUGUUGGUGAAAUAACUGGAUUCCAUGAGGGAGCUGCCAUUUUCACUCACACUUUCUCCACCUCUGGCACCUUUGUGGUGUUUGCCAUGGCUGAGAAUGCAGUGAGCAUGGAGAAGGCCAAUAUCACCAUGCAAGUCCAGACUAGAAUUCAAGGGGUGCAGAUCCAUAGUGAACAUGUGGUACAGAACAAAUACGUGGCUGUUGCUGAGCCCUUCUCUCUCUUCAGUGAGGUCACUCAGGGCUCCAAUGUCACCUUCCAGUGGGCUGCUUUGCAAGGAAAGCAUCCAGUGGUUACUGCUAAAGGACAGUUGUUCUCACUCUACCCCAAUUCAAGUGGGGAGCUCCAGGUGGAGAUGAAAGCUGGGAAUGCACUGGGUGAAGUCACCACCAAUCUUACCCUGAAGGUCUUGGAGAGAGUUUGUGGUGUGAAGGUUCAGUCAGCCACUGAUAGUGUAGCAGUUGGAAAGGCAGUGAAUCUGAAUAUCUCAGUGAUGUCUGGGACUGAUCUCCAUUACUUGUGGAAGAUGGAGGAGGAUGUAGAUUUGCUGCUUACCACCACACCCUCAUUUUCAUAUGUCUAUGCCACUCUGGGCUCCAAGCUGGUUUUUGUCACUGUCUACAAUGUUCUAGGAUCCAGCAAUGGCUCCAUCAUACUUAGAGUACAAGAACCUGUUUCUGGAGCAAAUUUCAGUAUGGUAGGGACCAUGUGGCCCUACUUUUUGGAGUCGGGCACCUCUGUAGAACUUCUGGGUAUGGUGGCUGCAGGCUCUGAUACUACAUGGGAAUGGCAGAUACAGAGGGGGGAAGGGCAAAAAACAAUCCUCUUCCAUGGGCAGAAUAUCUCAUAUGAAUUUGAGCAGUGUGGAGAAUACAAAGUGUUUCUGCGGGUCUGGAAUGACAUCAGUGAGAGCACAGCUCUGGAUGCUGUCUCCAUCCAAGACCCUGUGCUUGGGUUGGCUGUGACAGUGGACAAGUGGAUUGUAUGCACAGAUGAUGAGGUUAUUUUUAUGCUGAGUGUUUUGAAGGGAACAAGAGUGACCUUUGCCCUCUCCUUCGAAUCACUGGGAAUUGAUGUUGAUAGCCCUGGAGGGAUCUUUCGGUCUUCUUUCUCAGUGGCAGGCUACCACCAGGUGCUAGUGUCUGCUUACAACAACAUUAGUAAUCAGACAGCCACUAUCAUGGUGAAGGUCUUGGAAAAGGUGAGGGGGCUGCAUCUCCUGAAUGAUUUCCCAUCCAUCCUGGAGGCUAACAGGGGACUAAAACUCAAAGCAGCUGUGGAAGCUGGAGAUAAUAUUACCUUCUUUUGGACCUUUCAACUCCCUGGGCUACCUGACUAUAAUGUCACAGGCCAGCAGGUGACAUAUAUGCCUUCUGGCAAGGACAACUUGACCAUUCUGAUAGAGGCCUGCAAUCCUUUCUGUGCAGAUACUCUUAUGGUGAUAAGAACCAUACAGGUGCCAGUGAUAGCUGCUACUCUGUCCAGCAAUGGCACUAGGACAUUUGUCAAUCAAACAGUGGCAUUUGAGGUGAUGGUGGCUGGUGGCAGCGACCUUCACAUGGAAUGGAAGUUUGGGGAUUCAGAUGAGACCUUUGCCAGUGAAGGAGACUGGAGAGCAUUUCACAAGUAUCACCAAGCUGGUGAUUUCUCAGUAUUGGUAAGAGUCUACAAUAACGUCAGUUUUGUCUUGGCACAGUCAGAAGUAACUGUGCAGCAGCUGGUCUGUGAAAGCCCCACUGUGAAAUUGGUGGAUCCUCUCUCCAUGAUCUCCAAAUCCUAUGCCAGCUAUUUUGAGGCCGACGUGGACUUGAGAAGAUGUACAGCUUACCGGGCCUUAUAUUGGUGGGAGAUAUUCCGCACUUCCAGCUGUGAGCAUCUGUCCAAGACCAAUUUGGUUUCAUUACCUCAUGUAGAUAUGCUAACCCCUCGCCUUGUGCUCCCCAAGCUCUCGCUGGAUGUUGGUUCCCACUGCUUACGCUUCACUGUGUCUCUGGAGUACACUCCAUUGGCUCAGAUGGUUUCCAGCAACUUCACUGUGCUUUCCAGCAAGCUCAUUCCCAUCAUACAAGGAGGAUCCUGGAGGAGAUGGACAGCUAAGCAAGACCUGGUUCUAGAUGGAAGCAAAUCAUAUGAUCCUGAUAUGGCUGUGGAUGCAGACUCCUCCCUGGCAUACCAGUGGGACUGUGAACUGGAGAGGGUGUGGCUCUAUUUCUAUCAACCAGUCACACUGUAUUGGUUUGGGGUUGACUUUAACAUGGAGUCUGAUGUCCUCCAGCAGAUUUCGAUUGAAUCUACCCAGAUCCUGCCUGUGACCCUGGAGUGCCGUUCCUGCAGUGCUUUGUCAAGCUAUGAAGUCAGCAGCAGCAUCCAUGUCACACUGUCUGGACAAUGCAAAAACUGUGACAAUGGAACACGGUACAAGUGGAGAGCUCAGAAUUCGGAUGGCCUUCCUUUGACCUUGGACAAUGUGACCACUUCCACAGGAGACUCUAACCGUGACUUGGUGAUCAGGCAAGGGGUUCUGCAGGAUGGAAUGAAGUACAUUUUCACCGUGUUGGUCACUCAGCCUAGAGGACAGCUUCAGGGAGAAUCCAGUAUCACUCUUACCCCAAACCACCCACCCAAGGGAGGAGUCUGCACCCUGACACCAGAAAACAAUAUCUAUAUCUUGGAGACGCCAGUUAGAUUUCAGUGCAUGGGUUGGAUGGAUGAGGACAGUGCCCCUGUGCAGCUGAUCUACACCCUGAUUGCCGAAACCUGCUCCCCUCACAGCAGCCAUUGUUGGCACUCCUGCUUGUAUCGAGGAAUCAAAUCCUCCUUCAGUAGUUUCCUGCCAGCAGGCACUCUUGGAAAUCAAUCUGGCAUCCAUAUUCUGGUCGAGCUGGAGGAUUUGCAGGGAGCAAAGACCUUGGCAUUGAACCAAACCUUGACUCUCACCAUGCCUGACCUUCCUUCAGGAUUUAAGACCAUAACCAGCUGGUUGAAAGACAAGAGCCAGUCAGAGCUACAUGCUGUGGUACAGCAAGGAAACCCACAGGAGGUGAUUCCAUACUCCCUGGCUCUCAUAAGUCUGCUGAACAAAGACUUGAGAAGAGGGGCUGACAUGAAGGAAUUGAGGGACCGGAUCUCCAUCCGCAGCACUGUCACUGCAGCCCUGACCUCCCUGAAUAUCUCCAGUGUGAAGGAUGUUGCUCAGCUCAGCGCAGCGCUGAGGGCAUGUGUGGCAUUCCCAGAAGAGCUCAGCCUUGGAUCUCGGACCCAGAUGCUGGAAGCUGCCGAGAGAAUGAUCGAAGUGAUCAACAGAGAAACAGAAGAGGGUCAUGAAACUCCUUUCUCCGCUGGCAAGAGCAUCUUGGCAAUCCUGGGGAGGAUGUUAACUGCUGCAGACACAAGUCUCCACGCAGAGGCGAGCCAUCAGCCAUCAAGAAUACCGGACCUCAGGAGUCAGGUCUCGUCAGCCUUCAAUCUCACUCGGGUGCUGAUGAAGUCCUUGAUGAAGUCCCGUGUGCUGAAUGAGGAGGCUCUGUCACUGGCUGUCUCUGAGAUCCAUGUUCAGGGGAAAAAGGCAGACUCCAGCAACUUACUGUGCAUGAUCCCCUCUGAGGAGUGUCUCUUCUCCAUGCCCAAAACACUUGCGGAGCAGCUGGCGGAGAGUCGGGAAGUUGUACAGGUCACCAUGGACCUUGCCAUCAACCCUUUCCCGUUCCAUUACUACACCAACACCACAAUUUCCACCCGUCUUGCAUUUCUGGAUUUCACCACUCCAGCAGGGGCACCGAUCUCAGUUGCCAACUUACCCAUGGAGAGAUCUAUCAGCCUGCGAUUGCCAGCCGGGCAGGAGAAGCUGCAGGAUUUGCCCCAGACAGUGAUGGUCAUCCCACCAAAGGAGUCGGUUAACUUUACCGUGACAGUGGCUUCAGGCAGCAAUGCCACAAGGACACACAUUCAUAUCACUCUCACUGUGCUGGAGGGCUCCAGCCAGCAGAAGGAGCCUUCACUUUGUCUUUAUGGACAUCAUGCCCCUUCUCCCAAUGAGUUCCACUAUACCUUGAAGGAAGAAAUAAUCUUUUCUAAUGCCCUGGAAGAAAGGAGCAGCAGGGAGGUCACCCUCCUAAUCUCACCUUUCUACCACCUCAAUGAGACUCAUCAGGAAUAUUAUGUCAACAUCACCAGUCACUUCUGCUGCUCUGCUAUCAGCGCCCGCAUCUCCGUGUUUGCCAGUCUUUGCCAGUACUUCCAUUUUCCUAGCAUGCAGUGGAGCAUAGAGGGAGUGACCCCAACAGCCACCACCAGCCCCAAGGAGAUUGGGUGCCUGACUGAGCAUCUCAGCAUCUUUGGGGCUAGUCUCUUUCUGCCUCCUCACAGUGUUGUCUUCCUGCCACCGAAGAAGCAUUCUUGGCAGAGCCCGUUGGCACUGAUCACCUGCUGCAUUCUCUUCUCCAUCUACUUGGGGGUCGCACUGAUAUCCCAUAAGAUGGAUGACAUUGACAUCACUCAAGUGGGGAUUAUCCCUCGGUGUGGCCAGCCUGGACGGUACAAGUAUUGGGUGAUGGUGAAGACUGGUUGGAAAAGAGGCUCAGGUACCUCAGCCCAUAUAGGGAUCAGCUUGUACGGGCUGAACAAAAGUGGUUCUCGCCACUUGGACAAAGCCUGGGCCUUCCAGAGAAACAGCAGGGAUAUUUUCCAAGUCGAAACCGAUGUGAACCUAGGAGAGAUUUGGAAGAUCCGCAUCUGGCAUGAUAACACUGGUCUGGACCCUUCUUGGUACCUGCAGCAUGUUAUUGUUUGGGAUAAGCAGACGGACAAUAUGUACUUCUUCCUAGUAGAGGACUGGCUGUCUGUGGAAAAUGAAAAGAAUGAAGGAAUGGUGGAAAAGGAGGUCCUGGCAGCAUGUCCACAGGAACUGAGACGCUUUUCCCGAAUUUUCCCUGCCCAGAUGCGCCUUGGGUUUUCUGACUGGCACUUGUGGCUUUCCAUUUGGAGUCGUCCUCCUAGUAGCCGCUUUACCCGGGUGCAGAGGCUCACUUGCUGCAUGCUCAUGGUGAACCUCUUCUUAGCCACAUGUGCCAUCUGGUAUGGUGCCGUUGGAGUUAAGGGUCACAGCAAUCCUGUUGGAAGCCAGGCUUCUGUGACGGCAGAGAGCAUUGUGGUCGGAGUCAUUGCAGCGGUAGUGGUUUAUCCACUACAACUUCUUUUCUGCUUCUGCUUCAGGAAAACACGCAGCAAGGUUGCUAUGGAAGAUCCUGACCCACCUGCUCAGGACUCCCAGACAGUGGAGGUGGAGGUGUCCCUUGAUUAUUCUAAUCUGGGUAGCUCUUCGUUCUUAUCUAUCCCUGGAAGAAUGGAGUCACUUAUGGAUGAAUCCCCUAUAAGUAGGAAGCCACCAGCUUCUACCCAGAAGAGCGUCAUAGGAGCAGACAAUGACAGUCGAAUUCUCAAGAGAAAGAAAGCUCUGGCGAAGUUGGGAUUUGAGUCCAUGUCCAGCUCUGAUGAUGAGCCCCUGUCCUUUUCCUUCAGAGGUUCUGAGGACAGUAGGAGGUCUAGCUGUGGCCAUCGCUCAGCCUAA